AUGACGCCACGGAGAAAGCGGACCAAGGCCGAGCAGGCUCGACACAUUUUAUCGGGCGGUGGAGUUCAGCGAGAUAACUCGGACGAUGAGCUGGGACUGGAAGAUCACCCGUGGGAAUGGAUCUACGAGGGAAGCGGCAAGAGUCAGACCAUUGCAGGCGCGCGGAUGGGAUCGUUUGACUGCUACCUGGGUGAUAUUGUGCUUCUGCAGGCGCCAUCUAAGAACGAAGCUUGGGUUGCUAUGUUGUACGGCUUCUUCGACGGCGAGACCGAGGACGAUGAUGGCGAGAUGGUCGCCGAGAAGCAGGCUACGAUGCUGUGGUUUGCGGGCGACAAAGAGAUUAGAAGUAAGAACAAGCGUACCGACUGUCUACCCCUGGAGCUGUACAUGACCGCCAACUCGGACGACAAUGCUCUUUCCACGAUCAACGGGAAGGCACAGGUGCUCUCUGAGGGUGAAUUCAAUCGGCUAUACCCCACCGGCAAGAUUUCAUCGGCUUCGAAACAUUGUGGCAAGACAUUUCUUUGCCGGAGAGGAGUCAAUCCCCGGACCGCCACAUACACCGAUCCCUUCGUUUGGGAAGACGUCUAUCAGGGAAAAGACGACAUGGACAGUCUGGUAGAGCUCAUCGAGUCUCAGACAAUCAAGACCCGUCGGAGGAAACCCACCAGGAAGGAGAAGUCUUUAGACGACUUCGUCGUAGACGAAGACGAAUUUGAUGGACCCGAGACGCCCAGAAAGCGACGCAAGCUGGCAUCAGCUACUCCAACACCAUCCAAGGCGAAGCAGCUCACACCGCGCAAGUUUCUUACCCCAUCAGGACGGAAGAUCGUCACCAAGAAACCGCUAGAGUUCACUCCUCUCGGCACAAGGAUACUCUCCCCAGCACAAAAAGCAUCGCCGUACCAGAUAGCUCGGUCAACGCUCCACGUCUCUGCAGUUCCCCACGCCUUGCCGUGUCGAGAGACCGAGUUUGACACAGUUCAUUCCCACCUGGAAGCAGCUAUCACCGCCGGCACAGGCGCUUGCAUCUACAUUUCUGGUACGCCAGGGACUGGAAAGACGGCAACGGUACGCGAAGUGGUGGCCAGUUUGCAAGCAGCCGUAGCAGAAGAACAGUUGGACGACUUCUAUUUUCUCGAAAUCAAUGGGAUGAAGGUCACAGAUCCUCACCAAUCCUAUUCACUUCUUUGGGAAGCCCUCAAAGGCGAUCGAGUGAGUUCAGCGCAUGCUCUUGAGCUUCUUGAGCGCGAGUUUACUACGCCUAGCCCACGGCGAGUUCCUUGUGUAGUCUUGAUGGACGAGCUUGACCAGCUUGUCACGAGAAAUCAAGGAGUGAUGUACAAUUUCUUCAAUUGGCCGCAGCUACGCCACUCGCGGCUCAUCGUCCUCGCGGUCGCGAACACGAUGGAUCUGCCAGAACGCACACUGUCCAACAAGAUCUCCAGCAGAUUGGGCCUGACGAGAAUCACUUUUCCAGGUUACACCCACACGCAGCUCAUGACAAUCAUCCAAUCCCGUCUCGAAGGUGUGGGCAGUAACGUCAUUGUCGAGGCAGACGCGAUCCAGUUCGCAAGUCGAAAAGUGGCCGCUGUAUCAGGAGAYGCGCGCAGAGCCCUUGACGUGUGCCGUCGGGCUGUCGAGAUUGCCGAGCAGGAGAGUGUCAACGGGACGGACAAGGAGAAUGGUGUGCCCAGCACACCUAGCAAGACUCCAGCUAGACAGAAACAGGCAAUAGCAACAGUGAACGUGCAGAGCAAAGGUGUCGUAACCAUAGCCACGAUCAAGCGUGCCAUUAAUGAAGCUACCUCGACACCCCUGGCAGCCCAUUUACGAUCCCUUCCCCUAGCGAGCAAAAUCUUCCUUGGCGCAUUACUGGCAAGGCUCCGCCGAACGGGAAUCACGGAGUCAACGCUCGCAGAUGUUGUAGAUGAGGCGCUGAAGAUGGGAAAUAUGGUGCACAACAGAAAUGUUGCAACGUACCUGCUCACACCUCCAGCGGAGGACAAUUUACUGGCGGACGACGAAUUGGGAAGCACUGCGGUGGUGAGUACGCCUUCAAAACGAGGGCGACCUCCAGCACCUACCAGGAAGAUCAUCGAAAAGGCUGCGCGGGUGCAAGGCUUUGGUGCUGCUGCUCAGGAGCUGGCUGAAGCGGGGAUCGUAGGGGUGGAGAGUAGACACGGAGAUCGAGUGGGAAGGGUCAGACUUGGUGUGAGUGAAGAUGACGUGCGAGGUGCUUUGAGAGAAGAUGAGGAGUGUAGAGGCUUUGGCUUUGGGGGUUGA